GGGUGUUGACCGGAGAAUCAAUCCUGUUGACUCUCUGAGCAACGUUCAUACGCAGAAUCUGAGACUCGAAUGUCGGCCUCGCUUCGAGAGAGCGAUUACACUAUCCCGAACACGCCCGUUUCGCCCGCAAAGACCCGCAAAGCACAGCACGAUGGAUUAGCAGCAGCAGAACUGGUGCCAGAGUGAGACCCUCGCUCGCUUGCAGAGUGCAGUGAGGAUUGCUUGCGAGCUCGAUAGUAGCCAGCGAAAUUCGCUUGUGUUUCGAGUACGGCAGGCGAGGGGGAUUUGAGCUGCAUGCGGUUGAGUCGUCGAGGAGAUUGAAUGAAAGCUGGAAUGGGGUCGAAAUUGUAAUCGGCAGCCGGAGAGCGAAGAGAGAAGUGGUCUGAGAAUCUCGUUGUGUCAUUCACCGAAGGCAGAGCUUCUCUGCCAUCGAUUAUCCGAGGAACAUGAAGCAAUGAACCUCUGCGUUUAAAAAGACGAGACGAGACUGGGAACGAGAAGCUACAAAAAGCGCCUGCGAGCUCAUGACCGAGUCAACAUCGUUCUUCGCUCUGGGCCGACAGUCUGUUGACAGACAGUCGGUUGCAGGCCAAUGGGCUCUGUGGGGCCACAGAAUCAUGGUGGCCACUGAGGCCGGAGUUUCAUUGUCACCGUCGUUGACGUUGAUGGGGACGACAGAUUUGUCAUGACGGCUUCGCAGCAUCCGAUUUCCGAGACGUGGUGGGGGAGCUCAUGUUGAUGACGGCUCUGCUGGACGACGAAAGCCUCGGGUCCGAUUGACAGACGAUGCUCUCACAUCUUCGAAGCAUUGGAUGUCUCAGAAGGAAGGACAGAGCACCGGGAGCGGGAGCUGGUUCUGUAUUUCCAGCUGCGAGUGGCAGGAAUUUGGCUCUGCUCCUUCCGGCUAUCGGAUUGCGCUCGAGGGCACGAUAGAGAAAUGUGCCGAGGAGUUUGCAAAAGAUGAUGCGGAUUGCGGAUUGCGGAUGAGGAGCUGGAUCGAGAGCCCAAGAGCUCGAGCAGAACGAGCGCAAAAGAUGCGCGGGAAGAAUCGGGAGGAGUUGCGUUUGAAUCAGCGGGCCCGUGGGAAUACGAGAGCCGGGCGAAAGGAUGCUGCGUCCGAAGAGUGUGGAAUCCGUGCACCGACGAGAUGACAUCGACGCGCGGGGGUGGGGUGGGAUGGCGGGAGGAUGAUCUGGGGUCGGCGUCGCGAGGAGCAAAUGGCCGUGGGAAUCGGGGGACUGCCGCUCGUGGAGCUGGCAAACUGCUAGUGGGAAGAGGCCGGGGCUCGUCCAGGCCAGGAUCUCGCGCUCUCAGGAAAAGGUGGAGAAUGCAGGCAGUCGCAGGAAAUUAAGAGUUGUGGACAGUCUCUCGUCGCCCCGUCUCGUCGUCGGAAGAAAGGGGAGAUCCGGACGCGUGCAUCCUCUGCUGCAUCAUGUCCCAAAGCCUCGUGGAUUGUCCUCAGCUCCAGGCGUUCUCCCGACCCCGGGUAUGGAAGGCUCGCGGUCUGCUCGCCGAAGGGAGCGUGGCGAUGAGAAAGGCGGCCGAAAAAGAUUAUCGCUGACGGUUCCAAUUUGCAAGGACUUUGUGCGAGGACGAUGCUCUCGAUCGCCAUUGGAAUGCCGAUUUGCUCACCCUCCUCCCACUGUCGCCCUCGACGGGGAGGUGGUGACGGUGUGCUUUGAUUCGCUGCGUGAUCGUUGCAUUCGAGGCCCAGUUUGUCGAUAUUUUCAUCCGCCUCCUCAUCUGCGAGCGUUGCUGCAGGAGACGGCUGGCAUUGAAACCGCACCUCAAUUAGGUUACCAGCCUGAUUCUUUCUACUUGCAGCUAAGAUCCCCCCAGAACCUCGUUCUGGGCCCAACAAGGUUAUCUGCUCCACCGAUUUCAGUUCCUGCUCCACUUUCAAUCAAAUCAACUACGAGACCAUCUAUAGAGGUUUGCAGGGAUUACGUUAGAGGACGUUGCAGUAGAGAUGCAGAGGACUGUCGAUUUGCACACCACAACCCUACUGGUGGUGAUGGAGAGUACGUCAUUGUUUGUCAGGAUUUUCUUCGAGGAAAAUGUGAACGAGAUGCUUGCCGCUACUUACAUCCGCCUGACCACUUGAGAUCACGCAUUCGAGAUAUUUCUGUUGGUCCCACUCCUUUGGCAGUCGAGCAUUACGAUCCGGGGCCCUUUGACGCUCCUUUAAGUAAUUAUGCAGCUCGUCUGUAUGAACAUCAGGCUGCAAAGCGCAUGCGAAUUGAGGAGCAUGCCGGGGAUCCCCACAGAAGAUGCUCUCCAGGCCCUUUUUAUAGUGCAGGGCCUGGAGCUGCCAUAUAUUCAACACCAGCUCCACUUCUUGUUUUCCAUUCUCAAGGCCGCACUUUUCAUGAUCAGGACAAACUACCGGUUUGUAGGGACUUUCUGCAUAAUAAGUGUUCCAGAGACACAACAUGCAGAUAUGUCCACCCAGAGAGACAUACGGAGGUUAUCGACAACCACGUAACUCUAUGUAGGGAUUCACUUCGAGGGAAGUGUAAAAGAGAACUUUGUCGAUUUUAUCAUCCACCUUCACGAAAGUCAUCAGUUCCUCGAGAGAGUGAACACAAGAAAUCGUCAAAUGAGAAUUCCUCUCCUUCCUCAGACACUUUACACCGUAUAAUCUCUGGAACUGCGUCUCCGGAAGCUGAGGCAGGAAGCACUAAACAGGAUAUUUGCGAGCAUUGAACUCUUUGAUCUCAACCUCUUGUUUCGUUGGAUGAACAGAUGAGGCAUAAUUAUCCUGGCAGUACCGGGCAGUAUUGACAGCGAUCCAGUCUCUUGAUGUAACAGCAGUAGACGAUUUGGCUCCACUUGCUUGUAGAUUGGCAGUAGAGUGUAAGUACAACCCACAUGGAAAAUUCCGAAGUUGCUCUUGCAUCAGGUGCAGCAGGCUGCUGCCCCUUGAACUUUCGGCCGUCUCUUGGAGAUGCAUUGCAUCUAGGCUGUAAAGAUAGUAUUGAACUUGUGCAUGAAUGGCUGUGCAUUCUUUCCAUGAGAUCAUAAAUCUCAUACAAAACUAAGGGAUCUUGAAAACAAUUCAGAAGAUUCGAUUCAUACUGACAAUUUGUCAAAAAAUGAUCUGAGAGGAGUUAAAAUCAGUUGGCUCAGGGUCAUUAGUUGUCAGAAAGCAUCUCCUCCCAACGUACAUAGCUGUAGAUGUCUGCUGAGUCUUCGACCUGCAGAUUUAGUAGAUCGCGUAGAUUUCCAUAUCCUCAUCUAGUUUUAAUUUUUCAAGAACGAUUUUGAUAUGUACUCAAAGAGCGGGAGACUGUGUACAUCUUAUCUCAAUUGUAGAGUUUGUUGGAAGUUUUAUGUACGUUCAUUGGAUUCGC